CUGCAUUCGCAGCCGCUUGUGCCAACGUAAAACUGAUAUUCGUGUUUGUUUCUCUGCUAACGUUAAUUAUCUACAUCUUCACCGCGUUCCGGAUUUCGCAAUUAGGUACAAGCGGUCAAUUUUUUAGGCAAAACAGUCCCGCGGAGAUUAUCGGCGAUACCCGGAGAAAACACGCAAACCAAGAGCGGUACAAGUCGAUGCCGAGUGCCGACAGUGAACCCUGCUUCUCCUACGGAACCAACAAAUCGGUGAGCAAGUAUUCUUGCGUGUGCCUAGACGGGUGGAACGGAGACACCUGCUCAGUACCGCAGGUCGUAUGGGAGGACCCUGUUUUUCGAAGUCUGCAUUCCCAAGGCCUCAUCAAACGCCGCCUCAUACCUCGCACAAUAAUUAGUUCCUUUAUGUUCAACCACGAGAUGGACUUGCUGGACAUCAGGAUUCACGUUUUGGGUGACGCAGUGGACUACUAUGUGGUGUGCGAGUCCAGCUAUACUAAUUUCGGCAGUCCCAAGCCGCUCUACCUCAGCUCCAAUCUCUCCGCUGGAUUUCUCUCAGAGCACAGAAACAAGAUCAUCCUCCUGACGAGCGAAACCAAUUACGGCAUGUACAAAGAUCCUUGGGCACCCGAGACUAACAUCCGAAGUCUUCUCUGGCAGGAGGGCCGUCAUCGGUUCAAGAAUCUGCAUGACGACGACCUCUUCAUGAUAGGCGACGCAGACGAAAUUCCCAGCAGGGAGGUGAUGCUCUUCCUCAAGUACCACGACGGUUACGGAGAACCGGUCGCUUUUGGACUCCGGUGGUUCCUCUAUGGCUUCUUCUGGGAGAAUGACAGGCCAGUCAUCGUGACUAGCGUCUGCACCGUGGGUUACCUUCGAGACGUGUACGGAGACGACUCAAACCUUGUGCGAAAAAACAAACCUUUUCGCGUCAUUCAGCCCACUAAAACUAGCACUGGAACAGUAUGGACUCAUUGGACGAUAAAAGGUGUUUCGCCUAAGUAUGCCGGUUGGCACUGCUCCUGGUGUUUCAGUAUCUCGGGUAUUCAGAUCAAACUGGCGUCCUCUCAGAGAGACGACGGAAUUCGCUGGGCAGAUUUUGCCGAAAAGCACGACCCCGAGUACAUUCGUUUUCUCCGGAGGGAAGGUAGAUUCUUCGACGAGAGUCCGCCACUCAGGAAAGCUGACGGCUACCGAGCCGCGCCGGCUUACGUUGUGCAAGAAGUAAAACGCUGGCCAUACUUACUGGACGUCUAGCUUGUGUGGUCGGAAGCCCAAGGUUUGAGAUUCAUUCAUUCAUUGUGUUUUUCUGCAAGCGAAUGUCCCAGUCUGCUCGGCUGAGUUCGUUUUGUCCCCUUUUUUUAAGUUGAACGCCAAGUAUUUAGGGAUCAGGU